AUGAAGAAACUGGCACGCACGCUGUCUUCGCGCGGCAGCAACCCAAAAUCUCAUCCCCAUCCUCCUCCUCAUCCACCAUCGCCCUCAAGUGGUGUCAACCCUCAUCAUCAAGCGAACCGGGCUCGUGCUCGAACAUCCUCCCUGACGAGCCCGAUCCCGCCUCACACGCAUCUCCAUUUCCCGCAGUGCCCACACACCACUCCCCCGACGCCCCGACCGGCCCGGUUGCCGGCCGUGCUGAGGACCGAGGUCGUCGAGAAUGUCGUCGCGACAGAUACCCCAGAUGCUUCAGGGUUGGGUGGCACCGCGGCGGACACGGACCGCAGCAGGAGUGUCGUAGAAGUGCGGCAAUUCCUGACCACGCCAACGCACUGUCUCGACUGCACGCUCGCGCUGGCCGCGCAGCAUGAAUCCUGGAUCCGAGAGCUCUGCGACGGCGCGGUGCGGGAGGCGAGGUUAAGGCUCGUCGAAUUGAGGUCGGGUCUGGCUGCUGCUGCUGCUGCUGCUCCUGCUGCUGCUCCUGCUGCUGCAGAUGCUCAUGACGACGACGAUAAAAAGGAGCAGACCAAGCUCCAGGCCGAGAUCCAACGUUACGAGCAGCGCAUCGAAGAACACCUGCGCACGCGGGACGGCGAUGUCAAGCAGGUGUGGGACCGCGUGCGUAAGGACUGGGAGGGCGGUGUUCGAGAGGUGGUCAGAGACGACGGCACGGGCGAGGCCGAGGAACGGUGUGUCUUUGUGGUGCCCUGGGAGGCCGAGGGAGAGGUGGUGGAUACGGCGGCUGUGUCUGUCCCUGUCCAGGAAGGGAUUGUGACACAAAAGGGGAGUGUGAAGGUUGCGUGGAUACCGAUGGGUGGGUUACACCCCCCGGAACCCCCUUUUUUGGGGACAACCUGGACUAGGAUUCUCGCAGGAUUCUCGCUCAUACACUGGCUUGACUGGGUCCCUUUCGAAUUGGAAUCUGUCGACUCUGAAAUGAUUUAUGUUCUUCCACCACCGGGAACCAAAUUCCUUGUCUCGCGGGUUUUCCUUUCCGCCCACGUCUUUGCGACUGACGACGGCAAUUUUGUCAUCAAGCGACCAAAGGGGUUUGGGUACGACGCAUGCUUCGACGCGUUUCGUGAGCUUGUCGACACUGAGCGGCGGAUCUACGAACACCUGGGCGCGCACACCAGUGACGGAUCGAUCAAGCUCGAGCGUGCCAGUGACGGCGACCUGACCGACUUUAUCAACGACAACCCGAAACCAACCCGCGAGACGUGCCACGAAAUGAUGAGGCACCUAGCCGACACUCCGCGCCAUAUCGAUUCCCGGAAUGUCGCUGUACUGGAUAUCAAGACGGACACAAUGUGCUCAAUGCACCACGGGUUACCAAAGAUCUGCGACUUUACCCAGAGUAUCCUGUUCUCGCCGACUGAGAUGGCGCAGGAUGUUCGCCCCGAGGUAGAGGAGGAGCAGGCGCUGCACAUCGGCCUUUUCGGUAUCGGCUGUGUCCUCUGUUCCAUCUCCACGUGGGAGGUGUUCAACUACGACCUGGACGAAGACUGCUGGCCCUCUCCAACAAACGACCUGAAGCCAACGGGGGAUGUCUUUCUCGGAAGAGUCAUCGAAAAAUGCUGA